UGUAAACGUCCAGAACUGGUUAUACUACUUCUGGUGCCAGACCAUUUCCCUGGAACUUCUCUUUUCCAUUGUGAACGAUGGCUUCCAGACUAAGAGCCGAGCUGGAGUGUUCUAUCUGUCUGAACAUUUACUCUCAUCCCGUAAUGCUAAAAUGCGGACACAACUUCUGCCGGGUCUGUGUUGAGCUCUUGCUGGAUACCCAGGAGAAGUCUGGAGUUUUUUCCUGUCCGGAAUGCAGAGAAGAGUUCAGCAAACGUCCCGUACCAGAGAGGAACCGAAAACUUUGUAAUAUUGUGGAAAACUUUCAGUCUUCUCAGCCAGGACUGCAGGGGAACGGGAUCUCCUGUACUUUCUGUAUUGAUAUUCCUCUACUGGCUGUGAAAUCCUGUCUUCAUUGUGAAGCUUCUCUGUGUGACAACCACCUGCAAAUCCACAGCAAGUCACCAGAACACGUCCUAUGUGACCCCAUCACUUCCCUGGAGAGCAGGAAAUGCUCCGUCCAUAAGAAGAUCCUGGAGUAUUACUGCCCUGAGGACUCCAAAUGUAUCUGUGUGUCCUGCAGGCUGGAUGGAGAACAUCGGGGACACCAAGUGGAGACUAUUGAUGAGGCCUCUGAGAAGAAGAAGGAGAAACUUAGGCAUGUUCUGAAGGAACUUCUGGCAAAGACAGAGGAGAUGGAAAAAAGAGACCAGAGUCUGCAGGAACACAAGAGUAAAGUAGAAGAAAAAGCAGUUAAUGAAACCGAGAGAGUCGUUGCCCUGUUCAAAGAUCUCAGGAGACGUCUGGAGGACCUGGAGAAGAAAGUCCUGAAGGAGAUCUCCGGACAGACAGACGGAAUCUCCCUUCUGAUCCAGCAGCUAGAGAUAAAGAAGGAGGAGAUGUCCCGGAAAAUGCGCCACAUUGAGGAGCUGUGCAACAUGACGGAUCCACUGACUGUCCUACAGGAUACUGAUGGCUUCUGUGAUACUGAGGACAAGGAUGACAAGGACGGAAGGAGAUAUUUCGAACUGCCUAAUGAUGGAGGGGAUCUGGAUGUGGCUGGGAUAUCACACACUUUACACACAGGUUUAUCGAAUAUAAUAACAGGGAUAAAUGGAGCAAUCUACAUAGCGGAACCUGUAGACAUAUUACUAAUGGCCAGUCCGGCCCUGGAUUUGAACACAGCUCAUAAUAACCUACUUGUAUCAGAUGGCAAGAAAACGACAUCUUUGACAUGCGUAGACCAGAAUCGCCCACUAACACCAAAGAGAUUUCAGGGUUAUCCUCAAGUGUUAAGCUGUCAGAGUUUCUCCUCAGGGCGACAUUACUGGGAAGUAGACAUCAGGGGGUCCCCAUACUGGAGAGUCGGGAUGUGUUAUCCCAGUAUAAAUAGGAAAGGAGAGCGGUCACAGAUCGGAUUUAAUGCUAAGUCCUGGUGUUUGUGUGACUCCGGUCUAGUGAUACAUGACAGUAAAUCAAUACAGGUAUCUCAUGAUGACUGCGGUAAAAGAUUCAGGAUCUAUCUGGAUUACGAGGCCGGAAAGAUCUCCUUUUAUGAGAUGAGUGUCCCAAUCCAACACCUCCACACCUUCACCACCACCUUCACUGAGCCCCUCCAUGCUGUCAUAGGUGUGGGAUCUGGUUGUAUAAAAAUACGUGGGGGAAGAGAGAGAAGUGACAAAUUCUCCUGUAGACUGCUGACAUCUAUGGGAUAUGGGAGAUUUCCCCCCUUCCCGAACCAAUGCAAUUUGCAGUAAUCAGUUUUAUUACUGUGGAUAGAGUUAAAAUGGUCAUAGGUGUUAUAAUGUGAACAUGCAUGAAAAGUUAACCCCUAUGUCUACUGGACUAUAUUUUACCACUAAUACCCCCAUAUUGUAGCCCCUUAUUAUUGCUACUACAAAUAGUCUGACACCAAAGGUUGGGAUAAAACUGCCUGUUUACGGCCCCUUUAUUAAAAUAAAAUAAUUAACAGUAUAAAUCAAAAACAAAGCAUAAACUUUUCUGUUGCCGAUCUUUGGAGGCACUACUUAUCCAACUCUUUACUUUUUAUCUGCUUAACCAUUUUAUGGUCCCUGUCGCAUUGCAACCGACUCGGGGAUGAACCACUUCAGCAGAUAACCAUAAACUCCCAGUUAACCACGUAACUGGCAUUCACCAGGGACCCAUACCUCAGAUGUGUCCCAACCAUAAAAUCCCAGUUAACCACGUAACUGGCAUUCACCAGGGACCCAUACCUCAGAUGUGUCCCAACCAUAAAACACCCAGUUAACCACGUAACUGGCAUUCACCAGGGACCCAUACCUCAGAUGUGUCCCAACCAUAAACUCCCAGUUAACCACGUAACUGGCAUUCACCAGGGACCUAUACCUCAGAUGUGUCCCAAC